UCUAAGGAGUAUAAUUAGCCACAGCAGCAUCACUCUUUAUUUAUUCUCCGUAUCUUUCUCACCGCUCUGCUCACUAACCACUGCUGUAAUGGCACUGCAACCUGCGUGGGAAUGGUCUGUGAAAGUCCCAUUCACCAAACGCUUCCCGACUGUAUUAAAGGAAGAGAUGAUGCUUGUGGUUUGUGGGAUGGUCCCAGAAGACUCUAAACAUUUUGUUAUUAACUUCCAGCAAGGUGAAGAACCUGUCUCCAUCCCCUUCCACUUUGCUCCCUGCUUUGAUGGAGGCAAAGACAAGGUGGUUUACAGCUGCCAGGUGGACAAGAACUGGGCUCCAAUGCAGGACAAGUGCUGUGACCUGAACAUGAGAGGGAAGAAGUUCAACCUCACUUUCUUUUUCUGGAAGAACUGCUAUCAGGCCUGUCUGAAUGGUACUCAUCUGCUGAUCUAUGACCACAGUGAGUCUGACUGGAAGAUCGACACAGUGAACAUCUACGGAACUGUCAAGGUUGACAGUGUGAAGGCUUAUGACCUCCACUGUGCUAAAUCAGGUUCCUAGUGAGGUCUCUACGCCCGGGGAUUUGUUGUAAACCUGCACACGGAUUCUUCUCUCUGUGUCUGAUUCAGGGACAACUGGAGCUGCCUCACAUUCACCCAAAACAUCUUCGAUUGAUUGAAAUAAUUCACUUUCUGCAAAAUGUAUUUCCAUUAAAUCAGAUCCUGAUAUUA